AUGGCGAAAGAAGUAACACAAACCGUAGCUAAACCGAUGGAGGUGAAAAAGGUUUCCUAUACCGAUGAAACGGACCCAAUAACUAUUUCCGCCGAACUUAAGAAGGAGUCCCAACUAAUAACGACUACCGCAUCCAGUAACCAGCAAAGCAAACCUAUUAAAAAAACCUACGAGCAGAUGAUCAUCGACGCCAUCACGGAGAACGAUCCACGCCGGAAGGGUUUGUCUUUUACACUUAUUAAAAAGUUCAUCAAAGGCAAGUACCAGAUCGAAGGGGAAAUAACAUACUACGUAAAGAAAGCGUUUGAAAAGCUUAGCAGCAAGGACACUGUCGAACGGGUUUCGGGAAUGGGUGGCAUGCACGGAAGCAUCCGACUUACCAAAGCCCACAUCGCGAAGGUUAGUAAGCAGUUCUCUGCAAAAUCGAAACCGAAAAAUCCCAAAAAAACUAAAGUACUGCCGAAAAAGAAACCCAAAAAGGACGAAAAGGACAGAAACAAUAACGAUAAGAAAAAGGGCAAAGCGGAUAAGCCCAAACCAACGCUACAAGCUAAGCCGAGCACGAAGAAAACCGCCAUUACGAAAACGAAAAUUGCACGAUCCGGUGGCAAGGUGCGCCUAUCGAUCGUCGCCAGUACAGAUCCAUCACCGAGCACGAAUGCGAAGAUGGCCAAGGCAAAGAGGAACGCUUCUAAAACGACUGUUGUCGCUGAAAAAUCGGCAAAGCCAAAGGGUGAGAAGAAUGCCAUACCAAGAAUGCCUAAACCGAAACCAGCAAAAGCGCGCAGUGAGAAAAAGGAAUAG